AUGCAUAUUCGACCACCGCAACCCCGUGAUUUCAGUGAUAUGGCCACACUGGCCAACAAGGCCUUGUUUCAUGAUCCCCUGACUGUAUGGGUUGCUCCUCAUCGACACCAGCAUCCAGAGUGCAUGCGUCAGGGAUAUCUCAGAAGGGCGAAAAGGCGAUUUUAUGGUGGCAAGUAUAUGAUGGUAGCGGUCACGGACCAGCAUGACCCUGAUUGGGAUGGUGUUGAGAGAGUCGUGGGCUAUCUUUCGGCCAAUUCAACCAGGAGACAAACGGAACAGGCUCGUCAAUCCUGGUUUUCAUGGAACAACUGGGAGCUUGCUUUUCUUUCACUCGAGACACAGUUCGUCAAUCUCGUGGGUGGAGACAAAGCAUUGUCCUACAAGAACUAUUAUACAUUUCACCGAAUACUAGCGACUCUCAACAGCACUGGUCCCUUCGCCGAAUUAGACCUUCACGAUUGCUGGGAUGUUGACUUUCUUGCAGUCGAUCCGGCAUAUCAUCGACGUGGAAUCGGCGCCACACUCAUGGAGCAUAUCAAAACCCUCGCUACUGAAGAACGCAUUCCAGUGACACUAGUCGCAUCCUCCAUGGGAAUACACCUAUAUAGGAAGCUCGGAUUUACCGAAGUUGGUGAGGUCAAAACUGACGCCUUGCUUCUCGGUACUGCUAUGGUUUGGUAUCCCGAAAAAUCAAUCGAGCCUGACGUGAAGGCACCGGAGGGCUCUGCCGGCAUCAGCCUCGACACACUAGUGCCACCCAAUCUAUAG